GCCAACUAGACUGACUAUAACGACAUGAUGUCGCCGCGCUAUAUGCGGUAUACGAUGGCAUGUGCUAUAUGUGUAUGGGCCCGCAGUGCGUCCGUGUUGGUGAGUGUGCCUCUAUGGCUGGCUGGCCACGAUGACGGCCACCAAACAACAGAGGCGUCCCAUGCACAGAGCAGUAAACAACGAACAGCGCUUAGUGCCACAUCACGGAAUCUUAUCGCUCUCGUUCGUUCGGUCGACCAAAAGCCAAAAACCCAACCAGGCCAAAAAACCGACUAGCCCGAGACCAGAAACCCGGACCCCGAGCAAAUACGAAGCUGUCUCGGCUGCAGAACAAACAAGUCAUCUAGUAAGUAGCGUGCUGCAGCAACAACAGAAACUACAGGCAUCGAAAUCGACGACCAGGUGAACCAGCUUCAAAAAGGAGUCUCCACGCAAUCACACACACGCGCCAAUCGGCCAUCCCUCUCUGACGCAUGAUCUUAGCGGCGCGAGAGCGGUACGACUACAGCCAUAAGAGCGCAAGAAGCUGCUGCGCAUUUAUCGGAAAAGAAGUGAAGAAGGAAAAGGAGAAGGAAGAAGAGAGCAGAAACCUGGUUGAAAUUCACUAACUACUACUGAAAUGGCUGCUAUUGCCGCCUUGCCAACAACAACGUUGCGGCGCAGCAACAACAGCAACCACAAAGGGAUCAAAUCCCGUCGCAAUGAGCGUAACAUCCUAACUUUCUACGAAAAGAUUGCCGUGAUCCGUUACUAUGAAGAGACCAACAUCUCGAGGAACAGUCUGGCCAAGAUGUUCCACUGCUGCGCCACCCAAAUACGUAGAAUCUUGGAUAAGAAAAAGGAUCUGCUCCAGCAGUUGGCCACCUUAAGCGAAGCAGAUGCCUCCAUUAUAAUCGAAGAGAUGACGCGCAAGCGUCGCAAGUUUGAGAUGAGUGCCAUCAGUUUCCUUCUACACGAGUGGGUGGAAAGGUGCAUCCAAAUGCACUUGAACAUCAGCAUAAGGAACCAAAAACUGAAGGAAACCGCCAUCCGGAUGGCCGCUGUUCUGAACCUGCCCUCCUUUAGACCAUCCUAUCGAUGGCUAAGCCGAUUCCGCAACAAGUACAAGUACGAGGCUGAUGAAUUGGGUUACCAGGGCGAGAAUCCCUUGAACCAGGAUUUGCCAGUGGAAGACAUUAUUGUAGAGUUCAAGCAUGCACUGCCGAACUUUAUGCAACGGGAGCUGGACAAUCCAGGCGAAGCAGUCACAAAAGGAGCUGUUCUACCAGAUUUUGUCAAUCUCUCCAGCGAAAACAGUGUUAUGUCUGAUCAUCCAGAGGAGGAUGAUGAAGUGGAAUUAGUAACCUGUGAGCCUACCAUGAUGUCCUCACCAUUUAGCACACCAGAAGAUGUAGAAGGGGAAAAACAGAGCGACCAGGAAAACCGAGAUGAUCAGAUAAACGCUGGUACCAGCACUCUUCUGAAUGGUGUUUUUCCGCAUCUAGCCAUUAUCCAUCAAUUCGCUCUUAUGAACUCGGAUAUACAGGCAUUGGAAAUCAUCUCCCAAUUGGGCGUGCACAUGCAGCAACAGGCUGUUUCUGGAGCUUACCACACCCUGUCGCUGGCGACGACCGGAGGAGAUGGGCAAGCGGAUCCCGGGGCAGUCAGUCUUCCGGAACUGCCACCGGGAAGUAUUUACGCCGAUAUCGAUGACAUCGAAUUGAUUGAGUAACAACCCCAAAGUAAACUAGGAUAAAAAUAGUCUAAACUUUAAUGCCACAGUGUAGUCGUCUGUUAUUUAUGAUCAACACAACGUUUCGUUAUAAAAGUACUUAAGAUUUUAGAUUUAAAUCGGAAACAAUGAGUUCAUUUUACCUUAAUAGUACCUAGGACUUCGAUUUUAUUUAAGUAUUUUAGUUGUAAAUCAAAUUCGCUUUGAUUUAUUAAAGGGUCAAUAAACCAGCACUGCUUAUUA